GUUCAGCAGACAGAUGCCACAGAUGGCAGAAUAUGGUGCCCUGCAGAACUCUCUGGAUGACUAUUAUCUGACUUACUCGGGUCUUCCUAGCCUGGCACACACCUGCUGGUCUUAUAGGAGCACAGCCAUCUUCUCACCUGAGGACCUGGAUGUCUCCUAUGCUCGGGAUGUAACCGGUGAGUAUUUUCUUGUGACAGAAUGCCACCUGGAUGCCCAGGUAGACUCUGUGUGCUUCGUACUCCUC